CUUUUUCUUCAUUAUAUACCUCUAUGUUAUCUCAUCUCUCUCUCUCCACCACCAACUAUACUCAUUCUAGCUUUUUCCUUGCUUUGCUCUUCUCUAAACCUUCCCUGAGCCCUAUGGAUGGCAAGGAGCGUGCAAGUGGGAAGAAGAAGAAGACCAUUGAAGUAGGACCAUGGGGAGGAAAUGGUGGAGCUGAUUGGGACGAUGGGAUCUACAAUGGGGUGAGAGAGAUCACGCUUGCUUACGGUCUUUGCAUCGACUCCAUUACUGUGGUGUAUGAUAGAAACGGUAAGCCUGUCAAGGCAGAAACGCAUGGUGGUCGCGGAGGCGAUCAAACUGCUGAGAUAAAGCUUCAGUACCCAGAUGAGUUCCUAGUCAGUGUAAGUGGACACUAUUGUCCUAUGGUGUAUGGUGGCGGCCCGAUAAUCCGGUCACUCAAAUUUCAGAGCAAUAGAAGAACAUUUGGACCAUAUGGAAUUGAAGAAGGCACACCCUUUACUUUCACAGUGGAGGGAGGCAAAACUGUUGGAUUAAAGGGAAGAGAUGGAUGGUACCUAGAUGCCAUUGGGUUUCAUGUAUCCCCUCCCCAAACCAAAAAACUCUUUCAGAGUAUUCAGAAGAGUUUUAGAAGGCUUGGGAGCUCGGUUUCAAAACCUUAGACUGCUCAAAGUUGAAGGCAUGUGACUUAGAGCUCAUGCCUGCCGCCAUACAAGUUCUUAAAAUCACCAAAAGCUCAAAAAUAUUGCACGUAUAAUAAGCUACCCUUUCUGCUUGUGAUUAUUUCUUUCUUUUGAAGGACACUAAAGCCAUCCAAAGUACACUAAAGCCAUCCAAAUAAUGUUUAGUGUUUUCUGUACCAUCAAUGGAAUAUUAUGUUUCAAUA